AUGUCCACGCAAGAAAAGUUUACGGCUGCUAUAAACGUCAUCAGGAGUUUGCCAAAAAAUGGUGCAUACCAACCAUCCAAGGAUCUCCUGCUUCGUUUUUAUGCAUAUUUCAAACAAGCAACAAUAGGACCUAACAAUCAGCCCAAACCCAGCUUUUGGGAUGUUGUUAAUCGAGCAAAAUGGCAAGCUUGGUAUAAUUUAGGAGAUAUGUCAAAAGAGAAUGCAAUGCAAGAAUAUGUUGAUGAGUUAAAAAAGAUUGUAGAAACUAUGGCUUAUACAAAUCCUGUGGCUGAUUUUGUGUCUAGCUUGGAUUCAUUUUAUGAAUCAGUUUCCAUUGAUGACUUAGAAAUGGUAGUUGGUCCAAUUGAACGAGGCAAUUUAAUAGAAAAAAAUAGUUGCAGUUUAAUUUCAAUAAAUGAGCAUCAAGAUAUAGCAGACACAGAAAUAGAUGAAGAAUGUUUCCAUGAUGUAUUGGAAGUAAACAAUUUGUCAAGUGGAGAGCGUUUGAUCAAUGUUCAAACAGUUAAUCAAUAUUUAAGUUCCAGUGACUACAUUGAAGAUUUUGUAUCCGACAAUUGCAUUCCAAUAUCUCAACAAAAUGGGAAUAGUAUGAUACAGUUACAAUGUGCAAAUGACUUUUUAGAUGAAUUUAAAUUACAAAUAAGAAAUACGGUAUCAACUAUGAAGUAUGAUCUGGAUAUUAUAACAAAUAGAGUUGUUAAAAUAGAACUGAAAUUAGAUGAGAUUAAAAAAACAAGAGAACGAAAACAUUAUCAAGCUUUAUACUUUAAUUUAUUCCAGAUUGUAGUCCUACUUGGUUGGCCAAUUAUUGUUCAGCUAAUAUUCAAUUGGUUCAAAAAGCAAAAUAGACGAAAAGCCUUAAAUGUAAAAGCUUUGUGA